AUGAACACAUCGGUGUCGCUCUGCAAGGAGACCGGGUUUUACAACCUUUCCAACGGCAAGUGCCUACUCAACGGAAGCUCUGACGAGGACGCCACUAUGGACAACGCCACCCUCAUGCACGUUCUGCCCUGUGUAUAUGGCAUACUGUGCAUCGUUGGUGUCGCCGCUAACAGUUUGGUGAUAUACUCGGUGGCUUCCUGUAAGAAUAAAAUGGUCUCUGAUAUUUACGUGCUGAACCUGGCCAUCGCUGACAUGCUGUUCUUGCUGGGGAUGCCUUUUACUAUCCAUCAGCUUGUCAGAGACCAACACUGGGUCUUUGGGAAUGCCAUGUGCAAAGCGGUGACUGUGGUGGAUGUAAGUAAUCAGUUUACCACCGUGGGGAUUGUUACAGUAUUGUGCAUAGACAGGUAUGUUGCAAUAGUCCACCCCGCCUCAGAGAGGAGGACCAUCCAGUGUACCAUGGUCAUCAAUGCCCUGGUGUGGACUGGCAGCUUCCUGCUGACGGUGCCAGUCAUGCUGUACUCCAGGACCAUCCGAGUGGGAAAGGCAGAAGUGUGCAUCCUGGACCUGCCUUCUGGCCCCUCAGACAUUUACUGGUACACACUGUACCAGUCCACCAUGGGCUUCAUCAUCCCCCUCAUCAUCAUCAGCACUUUCUACUCUCUCACGCUCUACCACAUCUUCAGAUCCCUCCGCAGGGUGCGCCGGAAGCAGUCCGUCUGGGCCAAAAAGGCCACCAAGACGGUCCUCUUGGUCAUCGCGGUGUUCCUGCUCUGCUGGUCACCCUUCCAUGUCAUGCAGGUGCUCAACCUUAGCACCGUGGCCCCCACUCCUGCUUUUCUCUAUGCCUACCACAUCAGCAUCUGCCUGAGCUAUGCCCACAGCUGCGUCAACCCCCUCAUGCUGCUCUGCUUUGCACAGAACUUCCAGGAACGGCUCUGUCGGAGUAAGCAGUCCCACAAUGGCCAGCUGAGCACCUCCAGGCACACGGCGGUCAAGACCGAAGGAGGCUCCACCGUCACAGCAGAUACUAACUAUCGGAGCACAGUUAUUUAA